UUGGCCUAGGCUGGAGGGUCCGCGAUUGGUCCAACCUGAGAACUUGGCCGGAAGACCUGGCACUGGUGACUUCGGUAUUACCCAAGAUGGCGGCGGCCGCAGCGAGUCGAGGACUCGGGGUAAAGCUGGCCCUGCGAGAGAUUCGCAUCCACUUAUGUCAGCGCUCACCCGGCAGCCAGGGCGUCAGCACGCGCGGCGCUCUCCGGCCCUGCAGGGACUUCAUUGAGAAACGCUACGUGGAGCUGAAGAAGGCGAAUCCCGACCUACCCAUUCUAAUCCGCGAGUGCUCGGAUGUGCAUCCCAAACUCUGGGCCCGCUACGCAUUUGGCCAAGAGAAGAAUGUCUCUCUGAACAACUUCAGUGCUGAUGAGGUAACCAGAGCCCUGGAGAAUGUGUUAAGUGGUAAAGCCUGAAACCUCCACUGAGGAUUAAGAGCAACUGCCUCAGAGACUGGGCUCUGAUGGACUUAGUGUAUGUGAAAAAAAAAUGUGUUCUCCUAAUCCUUAUAAAGCUUGUGCUGUAAAAUA